AAAAUUGGAAAUUAUCAAAAUUUCUUGUUGCUCUCGUUGUUGUUGUUGUUUUAGUACUUACAUAUGUGCAUCUGUCAUACCAAAACGUCGUAACGACACUCAGUUUUUUUAUUUAAAAAAUAUAGAUUAUAAUUUAAUCUAAACUUAUUUCUUGCAACUUGCUCGCUCGUCGCAAGUCACCACUGAACCAAAGUUAAUUUAUUAUUUGCAACAACAACAAAUCGAAAAAAUCAUAAAGCCAUGGGCUUAUCGGAAAAUCAAGCUACCACCUACAUGCCAACCAGCACUGGCGCUGGCGGUCAGGUCGUCGUUGUGGAGUGUCCAAAUCAUCGUAUCUCCUCCAACAAAAAGCUGCAUAUAUUGAAGAAGAUAAAGAAACGUUUCGGAUUAGUUCGUCGCUCGCCAUCCUCCUGCCCAGGUCCCAAUAACUUGCCACCUCUACAGUUUCACAGCGUCCAUGGCGACAACAUACGGAUAUCACGCGAUGGCACGCUGGCACGUCGUUUCGAGAGUUUUUGCCGCGCCAUCACCUUCUCCGCGCGUCCGGUGCGCAUCAACGAGCGCAUCUGUGUACGCUUUACCGAGAUCUCGAACAAUUGGAAUGGUGGCAUACGUUUUGGCUUCACCAGCAACGAUCCGGCAACACUUGAGGGUGCGCUACCCAAAUAUGCCUGUCCCGAUUUAACGAAUCGUCCUGGCUUCUGGGCCAAAGCACUGCACGAACAAUACUGUGAAAAGGAUAACAUACUAUAUUACUAUGUCAAUUCGGCCGGCGAUGUGAUAUACGGCAUCAAUAAUGUUGAGAAAGGUAUUAUACUAAGCGGCAUUGAUACGCGGGGAUUGCUAUGGACGCUGGUGGACAUCUAUGGUAAUUGCACAGCUAUCGAAUUUCUGGAUGCGCGUGUCUAUAUGUAUCAACAGAGCGGCAAUGGGUUAGUUGCCGCAGGGGUAGCGUUGCCUGCCGGCAAUAGCGCAGUAAUCGGCGCUGGCGGCACUUUACCCGGCCCGCAAAUACCGCUCAAUCCGCACCAUCCACACCAGCAGUCGCGUCGCUCAUUGCCCGCCGUCGAACAGGAUUUGGAUCGUCAUGUGUUGCCCUCAAUGCAGUCGUUGAACAUUUCCAUGGAGCAAAUGCCAUUUGCGCAAGACCUAGCCAAUGGACUGCCACCAUUGCGUUACAAUGCCAAUGGACGUCUCAUACCGGUACCCUUUCACAUCACCAAAGGUCGUAAUGUGCGCCUCUCAUUAGAUCGUUUUAUAGCGUCGCGCACCGAAAACGAUUUCUGUCAGGGUUAUGUGUUCACAGCGCGACCCAUACGCAUCGGCGAAAAGGUGAUCGUGCAAAUACUCAAAACCGAGCAGAUGUACUUGGGCGCAUUGGCGCUCGGCCUUACCUCCUGCAAUCCGGCUUCGCUGCAACCUUCCGACCUGCCCAACGACUCUGAUUUUCUGCUCGAUCGCCCCGAAUACUGGGUUGUGAGCAAAGACAUCGCCUCGCAACCCCAACGCGGUGACGAGAUUGCCUUCUUUGUUGCGCCCAACGGCGAGGUGACGAUCAGCAAAAACAAUGGACCAGCUGUGGUUGUAAUGCAUGUCGAUCAAUCACUGCAAUUGUGGGCCUUCCUCGAUGUCUACGGCUCAACGCAGUCGGUGCGCAUGUUCCGCCAACAGCUGCCCAAUAUGGUCAACUACCCGCAGCAACCGCUCUCAGCCGCACCUUCGGCACAACGCCUGCCACAACACAUCAACAUGUCAAUCGCCGAAUCAAUGAAUAGUCUGAAUAGCCAGAUGUCUGAAUCGCGUAAGAUGUUACACACUUCCGCGCUCACAGUAGCCUCGCACAAUACCAUGAACAGUUCUGCGGCGACGCUGGCCUCCAUGUCGACCAAUGCGGCGGGGCAAACGCAUUGUAAUGUACCUGCAGCUACGAUCACGCCAGUUGGCAAUACCAAUGGCAAUAGCACUGCGACGGCGACGGGUCACAUGAUUAGUAUGCCAUCGAGUGGUGAUCUCAUACAGAUACAACCCAAUGGUGGUGGUACUGUGUUGGUUGUGAAUUUGCCGCCCACAAAUUCGACGCAUGAGUUGAAUAGUGUGGGCGGCGGCGGCGGCGGCGGCGGAUGCGGCUUGAGCAACGGCAUUGGCUCAACGUGGCAAAAGACUUCAGGUGUUUUAGGGGGCGCUUGUUCGGCGAUGGGCAAUAAUCAAUACAUUGAGCCCCUAACUUCAGUGAAUGGCUGUAACUCCACGCAGGAGAUGAACAAGUGGAAGGAUACUGUUGAUCAUAGCGGCAAUGGUGGCGGCGGCGCUGGCGCUGAAUGCACAAUUUGUUAUGAAAAUCAAAUUGACUCAGUGCUCUAUAUGUGCGGGCACAUGUGUAUGUGUUACGAUUGCGCUAUCGAGCAAUGGCGUGGCGUUGGCGGCGGCCAGUGUCCACUCUGCCGGGCCGUCAUACGCGACGUUAUACGCACGUAUACCACAUGAACGGGCGGCUGAGAGGGCGCGCACAAGCACGCCAUUGAGUAGGUGAACUGAAACGGAAAACAAUCUACGCUAAAGCCAAAGCGGAAGAAAGUGUAAUUCAUCUAAUUUUCGCUAAUGCGAAAAGCGGAAAUUAAAAAAAAAAAAUAGCAUGUAGAAAAGGAAGUACGUAGCAGAGAUAGAGAGAAAAGAAAACUUUAUUCCUAUUUUAGCUAAAGUGUCUCCUGAAAAAAUUAAAAAAAACAAGUAAACAAAAAAUACCAAAACAAGGGCAAGCAAAUCAAAUGAAAGCAAAGCCGUCAUGUGUUAACAUUUAGCACACAUUUUAUUACGCGCCGUCAUAGACAAUUAAGCGGUAUAUAUACAUAUUUAAUCGGCUUGUGUGGCCGAAUAACUCAAAGAAAAACUCGCAAACUUCUCUGAAGACUAGCACGUAUUUUAAAAAGUGCGAAAUGAUAACCGAAAGGAAGACAGACAGACAACAAAGCAAAUACUUAAAAGUGAAUUUUUAAGUAAAACAAAAUGUGAAAAUAAAAUGUCCAAAAAUUAAUGAGAGCGCAGCACUUAUGAUUAAACGUAAACUAAAGUGUACUAGAGUGUAUGAGCGAAUAAUUGAAACCUUAAAUUGCUGUUAACACUAAAACGCAGACUAGAAUACUUUAAGCGCAUAGUUAAAAAAUUCAAUUAACAUUAAAAAAAAUAAUAAUAUAAAAAGAACAAAACAGCAUUUACUCUAAUGUAGAGCAAACACGCGCGUAAAUAUACACAUACAUAUGUAGAUUUUAUAUAUUGGGAAGCUAGCAGUUUAGAAGUUUUCAAAGCGUAUGCGGCGAACAGAGAUUACAAAAAAAAAUAAAUAAUAAUAAUAAUAAAAAAAUAUGAAAGACGAGUUGUAAGUGCAGCACUGAAUGGCUUAAAUUGUAAAUUGGCACUAGACCUAAAAGUAAAAAUUAUAAUUAAUAAAAUUGAAACAGAACAAUAUUCUAAAAUUGUGAUUUUAUAAAAUGAAAAAAAAAAGAUAGUAAACAAUGAAAACAGCCUAUGCUGGCGACUACCAAAAUUUUAAUUGUAAUUAAAUAUACAUAUGUAGGAAUUUGUAAUUGUAAUUAAUAUAAAAGAAAUAUAUAUAUAGGCAUGCUACUUUAUUUGUUAUUAAGUUUUCAAAAAAUGCCAAAUGCAAAAAUGAAAUUGUUGCAGAAAUCUUAUUCGUCGCUUAUGUGAUUAAUUAAAAGGCUGAUUUUAUGUUAAAAAAUUAAACUACAAAUUAUGCGUUAAUGCAAUGAAUUUUAAAUAAACAUUUUCUCAA